GUGGUUAGCACGUUCGCCUCACACCUCCAGGGCCUGGGGUUUGAUUCAAAUAGUAUUCAAAUAGUCAUAAUGUGCUUCUUUUACAUUGUAAGGUGUGUAAGAAUUUAGUCCUGACCCAUUUCUGGCCUUUAAUACAUCAUGUAGAUCUUCCUUUAUGAUUAUAAUACUCUGUAGUACAAGAAGAGGCAGUGAUGAUUUUAUAAAGCAGCCAUGAUAAUAUCGUGUAUGCUGAAUGUUGGAUCUGAUUAUUGACACAUGGCUGUUCCUCACUAAAGGUAACCUGAUGAACUCAUUCACCUCCUUUCUGUGCUGAAAUUUGAGGAGGAUGGGUCAGUGUUUGGUUUUGUUUAAAUAAGCAGUCUGGAGUCUAAGGUAAAGUUAAAGUAAAAUGGAAAUCAGUCUGCAUCACCCAUGUUGUAAUUUCUCCAUACUAAGAAGAGGACAGGUGAAGUAAGCAGAUUUGUAGAGAGUUGUGUACAAGCAGUGAAGAUCUAAAACGGAGCUACUGAAGAAACACCAGCCUUCAGAGUUUCAUAUUACAGAUUGUGAUUUUUUUUCUGACUCCUCAGCUGUCCGUCCAUCAUGAAGCUGAAUCUGUUUCUCCUGUUUCUCACUGGUCUGGUCCCAGUCACUGUAUCCCUCCUGAGAACCGUCCCUCACAAUUAUGACCUGAUGAUGACACGGGUGACCUGGCCUGUUGCACAGAAUUACUGCAGGGUGAUGUACACUGACCUGGCAACAAUCCUAAGUGAUACUGAUUGGCUACGAUUGGAGAAAGUAAGCAAAGGUCGGACAAUACCUGCCUGGGUCGGAUUGUACAAUGAUGUCAAUAGCUGGCGCUGGUCCUUAAACGAUCUCUCACUGAAGAAGGUCCCUUAUACCAAUUGGCACCCUGGACAGCCUGAUAAUUAUUUUGGAAAAGAAGCAUGUGGUCUAAUAUCUGUAAUUGGUGAAUGGUGGGAUGACCAAUGUACAAGACUAAUGCCCUUCAUAUGCUACAAUGCUAAUUUCAGUGGUGCUGCCAGGUUCAUCGGCAUCAGUAGUCCUUAUAUGACCUGGUCUCAAGCUCAAACUUACUGCCAAACACAUCACACAGACUUGGCCAGCUCUCUUAAUGGCUCAGACAACGACAUGUUAAGGCAGGUGAGUAGUAUUCAGGGUGAUUCCUGGAUUGGGCUUUACAGAAACACAUGGAAGUGGUCAGACGGGACCAUCGCUUCAGACAUCCCAUGGGCUCCUGGAGAACCUGAUAAUUAUGGGGGCCGUGAGAACUGUGCAGGGGUUUAUGACAGACUGUUCUUCGAUCAACAAUGCAUCGACCUGCACUAUUUCUUCUGUCACACCAUUUACCCAGCGAGGAGUCAGAUAAUGAGACUGCAGGUGAAGUCUGAUGGGAGUGUGUUUGAUCCUGCUGUGCAGUCGUCCAUUUUAGAUCAGGUGAGUCACAUGAUGUCUGUGAAAUUUGGAGAAACCCAUAUUAGCAUUUCUUACUCUCAAAUUUCUUUUAUUCUCAAGAAUUUUGCUCCUUUUAUUAUUUCUUGUCUUCUCGGUGACACGUAUUCCUUUUCUUUUUGGCUUGAGUAAUUAAAUCCUGAUUCUGAUCCUCAGAUCAAACAGAAACUGGAGGAAAGAAGUAUGUUGGAGAACACCACAGUGACCUGGAAGGUGCAGCCAGAUGGAAACAUCUUCCACAAGAAAAAGGAUGAUCUGUAACGUCUAAAUGCUCACCUUCAAGUCAAGCAGAUUUCAAACUGACUGAAAUUUUAUUUAACCUACAACAUUUAAGCUUUAAUCAGUAGGCAUUCUCAGAGGACAAGAUUAGCUAGAAGUAGAGGAAUAAACAUAUUUAAUUGCUCUGAUUGGAACACGCCCACUUUGACUUUGCAACCUAAAUUUUAAAGUCAGAUUUCACUGCAACUUUUUAAUAUUGAACAUGUUCAGCUUUUGCUGCAAGAGGCCA